AUGACUGUCCAGACCGAGAACGAAAUUCCACCUGCUCCGACGGGCUUGGAAGGGACGCACUUCCUGUGCCUGACCAUCUGCGGUUACCGUCUUCCUGGGAUGACCGAGGAAGCUUACAGACACCACAUGACAAAGGUCCAGGCUCCCAUGACGCAGGACCUGAUGGUGAAGUAUGGUGUUAAGCGGUGGAGCAUGAUUCACAACAAUACCGAGUCUCGCACGCUCAUGAGGCGAUUGUUCGAUCACGAUAUGCGGAACUUGGCCGAUUUUGAUUGCUUUAGCCAAGUCGUUUUCAAGAGUGUGGAUGACUACAAGAGGAUGCAGCAAGAUCCGUGGUUCCAGGAGAAAUUGGCUCCCGAUCACAAGAACUUUGCGGACAUCAAGCGGAGCAUCAUGACGCUCGGCUGGAUCACAGAAUUUAUCAGGGAAGGAGAGGUAGUGGAUGGCAUUGUAGACUUCUGA